CGUGGCACAUCGGUACGUACACUGAUCACACAUUGAUCUCUCAUUCGGUCUGACAAUGAAUACCUCAAACAAACAUGAAUUUCUCCGAAAAUACUUCCUAUCUUCAGUAGCUGCUACUUUUGCAGAGUCAGUUACUUUUCCACUUGACAUCACCAAAACACGUCUUCAGAUCCAGGGGGAAAGAGCCUCUAUGGUUUCGACAAAUGGAAGCUCUGUGGCCUACAGAGGAAUGGUUAAAACAGCAGUUGGAAUUGUUAAUGAAGAGGGUGUUGUUAAACUGUGGAAUGGAGUAACUCCUGCAAUACUAAGACACAUAGUCUACACAGGAUCACGAAUGACAGUUUAUGAAUUUUUAAGGAAUAGAGUUUUAAAACGUAAUGAAGAUGGACUCUUUCCAAUAUGGAAGUCAGUUAUCAGUGGGAUGGGUACAUGGUACAGCUCAUGCCUUUCGUAAUAUCGUCAAACAUUAUGGUAUCAAAGGUUUAUGGAAAGGAUGGUUACCUAAUGUGCAGAGAGCAGCUUUGGUCAACAUGGGAGAUUUAACAACGUAUGACACAGUGAAACACAAUCUGCUCAAACACACUAAGCUUCACGAUAACUGGAUAACACACACCAUGUCGAGCGCAUGCUCAGGACUAGUAGCAGCAACCAUCAGUACACCUGCUGACGUCAUCAAGACAAGAAUAAUGAAUAACCCUUCAGGAUACAAGGGUGCUAUCGACUGUUUUCAGCGGGCUGUAAAACAAGAAGGAUUUUUUUCGCUCUACAAGGGAUGGUUACCGACAUGGACUAGAAUGGCACCUUGGUCACUGACGUUUUGGUUGUCAUACGAACAGAUUAGAAAAUUAUCAGGAGCACAAGGAUUUUGAUGAUAUUGAAUUAUCAAUGAAUUUUUGGAGGAAUGAUGAAAAAACUUUAUAAUAUCUUGAAUUUGUUUAAUAUGAUAUUAUUAUUUUCUUCUUGGUGGCCCUUUGUUUUUAUAACUUUCAGAUGGGACUGAGGUAAUUAUUUUCUCGAGCAUGCACUGUAAGAAAUAAGGGAUUUCAGGACAAGUCAGUGAUUUCUAUAAAACUACAAAGAAACAGGAAUUUUAAACAAACUGUAACACAAGAAUUUAUUGUUAAUAUCAAAUAAAACAAUGAAAUUAACAUCAA